UGCUUCGUACAUUCACAUUGAGAAUUACAACAGUAUCAUAACAUAACCAAUACACAUGUUGGGUUGUUUACAAACAUGCUAAUAGUUAUUUUUUUAGUUUUAUUACAGUGGGUGACAGUAUCUUGUACUGUUUCUGCAUUGGAUGAAGCAACAUUGAAGAAAGACGUUCCAUUUCUUGUUGUUGAACCUAUUUCUUCACGAGAUUAUGUAAUUAAAAGAGUACAAGAGACACUCAAUUUGACCUGUACAGUUUUUUAUAAUUCAACUAAUAUGGAGCCACAUUACAACAUCACAUGGUCUGUACCUUCCAGUUCAAGAAAUAGCAAAAAUCAUGUGUUGACCCAGUCAUCAAGGAAUUUAGUAAAUCUUGUAGUUACAAAUCUAGAAUCAAGGGAUGAAGGCAAGUACACGUGUAUUGCUCAACCUGUUGAUAAAGAUCUCAAGCCUCUCAACAUCACUGUCAAAGUCUACAUUAAAAACCGAAGGUGUGAUACAAUGUUCAAAUGCAAUCUUUCAAAACUACAGAACUGUAUUCCUCACCGAUAUACAUGUGAUGGCCACCAAGAUUGUGAAAAAGGAGAAGAUGAACAUUAUAAAAUUUGUGGUACAUCACCUUGCAACGAUAAGUUCCAUUGUGAGGACCCCAGCACCUCAUUACGCCCAAUACGUUGUAUUCCCAAGGACUGGUGCUGCAACAUCAGGACUGAUGACAACUGCACAAUUAAAGAACCACUCUCUUGCUGUCAUCUUCCACUUCAUAAAUCACACAUGGAUGAAAGAAGUUAUUAUUCUACUCAUCAGCCUCACUACCCUGAUAUGAGCUUACUGCAGACUACUAUAUACACUGCCUUCGGGUGCGCUAUGGUGUUUAUGAUUGUGGUAACAGUCCUUGUGAUAGCUAUCUGCCGAGUCCACAUGAAGCGAACAUUCGUAACCCAGUGUCCAGUUAAUGUUAUGCAGCCUUCACAGAAUACACCACUAUACGAUCUAGAUGCCAUUUUAAACCAAAGAUACUCCCGUGACAGAGAUUUCCUAGUCACAUAUAAUAUCAACAAUGGUGUUCAGAUUGUGGGCCACGCCAUAGACCCACCCCCUUACUGUGAGCAGGUGAUUUCUGUACCCCCGAGAGAAGGGCCACCUCCCCCAUACAGCUCUCAUGAAAGACUGGAUCAGCCCGAGACUGAAGCAUUGCUUCAACAGCCCCCCACAGUACAUUGUACUAGUGAACAUUUGAGAAGAGUAGUAAGUGAGCAGAACCUGUUGGAAACAACUACAGUACAAGCAUCUACACCUAGGCAUAAUGUUGUUAAUAGUGUUAAUUUAAUAUCCUGAAACAGGAAAGAAAACAAGGUGUAUUCCUAAAAAAUCAUGUACAGAUCCUAUAGUGAAGAGGUUGCUAUUUUUGAAGUGUUUGAAGAUGUUUUGUGUACAGUUUUUGUAUUGUAGAAGCAGAAGUUUUACUUAUAAGUGUAUCUUUAGGUUAUGAUAGAAAAGGUGCUUUUAAAGUCAAGAGGCCUUCCUUUAGAAGAUGUCUAGUCGAAGUAACUAGCCAUCUUACUUGUUAUAUGAGAUAUAAUUUUAAUCCUGUGUAUACUAGACUAUAGACUAGAAAUCCUGUUAUUUUCAAUAGAAAAUAAAAACAAUGACUUUAAAUAAUGUAAGAAAGUAUAAAAAUGUGUGGUUUACUCUCCUAAAUGUAUUACAAUUUUGAUACAUUUAUUAACAUUGUAUUCAUCUUACCAAUAUUGCUGUAAAACAGUUAAACAUUGUAUAAAAACUGUACUACAAGAAAUAUUGUUGUCACUUAAGUAUAAUAAAUUUACUAAAGUACAAUUUCAUCAGUUGUCAAAGUCAAAAACAUUUUUUAUUAAAAAUAUUAUCUAGAUCUGCAAUACACCCAGAGUACAAAGCAGUACAGAUACUCAUAUGUUUAAUUUAAAAUGACAGUUAAAGUUGUUGAAUGUUGUGAUUGUUGAAGCUCCCUCUAGAUGAAUAAUUUAUUUAGUGUAUGAAAUGGAUGGAUUGUCUUCAAGUCUGGUUUUCAGUUCUUUAGAAAUUUUGGUCUUUGAGUAAUUUAGAUUUUGUGGUGUUUUAGUCUGCUUAGCUCCUUGCGUAAGUUGUUGAAUAUCUUGUAACAUAGGGCACCCAUGUAACUUGGCUUCUUUUCCACCAGGCUGUCAUUGUGAACAAGCAAGUAGCAGUUGGAAGCAUGCAUUAUGUUGUGGAGAUAAACAUUGUAUGUCAUUGCUGCUGGUGUCCUGAUAUCUACAGAUUGCUUAUAAUCUUUAAUGUUUUUUUCUGAAGGACCAGAACUCUUUGUAAGUUUUUGAAUUUGGUAUUUCUCCAGACUGCAAUUCUAUAACAAAGGUGGAUUCAAAAAGGAAAAAUAGUUUAUUUACGUUUUGUUGUAUCACUUAUGCUUUUGAUCCUCUAUGUUAUAUACAUCCCCACACUAAGCUUGUUGCAGAGGGAAUAAUAUGCAGCGUCCAAAUGACACCAUUAACUGUUACACCUAGAUAUAUAAUGGAGCUGAACUGAUUUCUGCCAGAUGUAAUAUAAUAGACUCUCACUGUUCUUCAAUGUUUUCCAAGAAUUAGUUUUUAGUUUUCCCUUUGUUUACAACCAGGUAAUUGCUGUGGCAGUGUUGAAUGACCAUAUUCAGGACUGCAUAUGCUCCUAUUUCAAGUUGUUCAGAAGUCUUUCUGUCCAGUAGCAGCUAUGCGUCAUCAUCAAACAAGUGUCUUGUUAUAGUCUUGAAUGUACUGUGUGAAGUCAUUUGAGAAAAAAAAGAAUGAAAAGCUCAGAUUCUUGGGACAGUCCUCAGUUGGUAUUCUUAGGUUUUUAUUGUUCUGUCUUUCCAAUGCUCUUAUGCUUUUUCUAAAAUCGAGCAUCUUACUGUUGUAUAACUGGUAAACUACUUUUUCGCUGUCUUGAAUUUUAAGUGAUUUUAAUUUCUUUGUAAGAUGUAAGAAUGCAGUUAAGAUUGCCAUGGAAGUAAUAUCCUCUUCAAGCUGAUAUAAUGCUAUGACUGAUUUUAUAGUCCAAGAGCUACAUUGAUAUGAGGAUAGGAGAUUAUUGACAGAUUUUAAGUAGCAUACUCAGUGGUGUUUCAAUUAUUUUGAUAAGGUAAAAAUUAAUGAAAUUGACCUGUAACGUGAUGCUUGGGUUUAAACUCAGUGUUUAAAAUUUGGGCACACUUUAGGUAGUAAGGGGAAAACUUCUGUGCGCAAAAUGAUAUAUUGGUAACAUCUACCAACAGGUUGACCAACUUUACAGAUUUUAACUAAUCUUUAUUUAAUAGACGUGAUGAGAAUAAACAUGAAUCUAAAGGUUGUACAAGACACAUAUAAGGAAGGGUGUGAUAGAUGUUCUUGAUGCUUUGACCAUAAACAGGUAAAUUUCUUUCUUUCUAACUAUAAUAAUGGAAAAUUGGGUUCCAUAAGGUGGCCAGCCAUUGCACGCUGUCCUAGUAAGUUUACCCGUUCGACAGAGGCAUUUGUUUCUUUCCUCUAGGAUCUUUUGAGCUGUGAGGAAGUUCUGGCAUCCAACAUCCCUCUCUUUGUAGUGGAGUGUGCUUCCAACAUUUAUUUAUUGGGAUUAGUAACAACAACACAUCUCUGGCUGAUAUUUAACAAUCUGAACUGGUAGAAAAACAUGCUGCAUCCAGUCUUCAUACCUUUCUUUACAAAGAAUUCUGUAUGGUCCAUUCAUACAUUUUAACCUAGUUGACACAACUAGAAUACAAGACUUUAUUUCCUUCAGCAAUACUUUUUUAGCUUUACUAGUUGUAGUGUAUGCCAGUUUACAGUAUCUCUCUUCUUAGUAGACCUAACUCUUACACCUUUGACCGGAAACCAAUUCAGUAUUAAAAAUUUGUAUCCUUUACAUCAUCAAACUUAUUUCAUUGUUCUCUUAGCUUAUAGGUGGUCAUAGGUGUUCUCUGGGUCAGGUUGCAGGUUUAUGACUACGUCCUGUUGCUCAGCUCGCCGGGCCACUCGUAAUGGUCCUCCCUGUUUUUUUGUUCAGCUCGUCAGGUCACCAUGUGUGGCCCACUGUAUUGCACAGUUAUACAAUUCAAUCCUCAUCCAGUUGUGACUGAAAAGUGCUGCAAUCCUUCGGCCAAGGGAGGAACAAUAUUUAUAUUAUUCUUUUUGCAACAGAUGCAGUAGUAAAUAUUGUUUAGAGUUGUUUUUUAUUUGAGGAUGACAAAGGGAGAUCUAGCAAUAUAAAGUGUUGAUUUUUUAAAAGUUAUAACAUAAUAAGAUAACAUAAUAAAUAAUGUUUAAGUUAUUUUUAAACAGUAUUUUUGUAAAUAUUGAUAGAAAUUUGUUUAAUAAUAUUUUGAAUUAUUAAGAAUUUAAAUUUAUUAUUAAAUCUAGAAAAUGCAGGUAUGAAAUAAAACAAUUGAAGUUAAAUGAAUGUGGGGAGUAAUAUUCUGUUUAACAACUGUGGUUUAAUACAUCCAUAUCAUGAAUAAACAUAUCAAAACAGUA